AUGAAGAUAAUUCUUGUCCAUUGUGCUACCUUGAUUCUCGUUCAUAUACCUGGCUUCUUCAGUCUAUCUGUCCAGUCGUGUCCACUUCCGCCACCAUGCGAGUGUGACAGGGAAGACCCUAUCGUUUACUGUCGUGACAAAAACCUGACUUCUAUUCCCAAUGUCACAAAAGCUGACGGUUUGUGGGCAUUCUAUCUGGGAGCGAAUAAGAUCACUCGAAUUCCAUCCAGAAGUUUUGUUGGAGUGACGCUUCAAAUGUUGAUUCUUGACAGUAAUGAAAUUAACAGCAUUGAUGAUGAUGCAUUCGCGGGAAGUGAAGAUAGUCUGCUGGUCCUUCAUCUGCAUUAUAACAGAUUGAAGGAAUUACCGACGGCUGUUGGUAGUCUGAGGAAAAUUAUGGGAAUAAAUUUACAGGGAAAUCCAAUGGCGGAUUUCAGGGAUGAGGUGCUGCAGAAAGUGGCAUCCUCUUUGCAAUUUAUAAGCAUGGGGUCUGACGCAAUGCCAAAAUGGCCCGACAGUAUGAAAUACCUACCAAAUUUAAUUUCAAUAGAUCUAUAUGAUGUUACUUUCCCUACAAUUCCUGACAACGCCUUCCAACUUUAUAGGAAGAACAUGUCAUUUCUUAGCUUUUAUAAUACAAGUCUGAUAACCUUACCAUCUUUUAACGGACUAGACUCUUUAGGUGACUUACUUUUUCAAGGUAACAAAAACAUCUCUGCGAAUGCUAUUUCAAACUCUGCGAAAAGCGGAUUGCCAAAUCUAAUGCAUGUCAUUUUUGAAGACAACAACCUUGAAACAAUUCCGAAUAUCUUUAUGAAAUCUCCUAAACUCGGCGCUUUGACAGUUUCCUCGGAACCUAUUGCGUAUAUACGUGAUGACGUCUUUCCACCAAAUGUAUUCUCAAAUUUCAUGUACCUUUUCUUCAACAACACGAAACUCACUCGCGUUCCAUCGUGUGUUUCCUCUCUAGCAAGCAUCGUCCGGCUCCAAAUUACAAACAGCAAAAUUACAGAAAUUGCUGACUCCGAUUUUGGAGGUAUGACAAAACUCGCCUCGUUAUACCUGUCCGGGAAUCCAAUCACCCAGGUAUCCAAGGACGCUUUCAUGACCAUAAACCAACUCACAGAUGUUCGAUUGGACAACACGAAUUUGACCACCAUCCCUACCGCCAUCAUGAACAUUAAAGCGCUUCAAGAUGUUGAUCUCUCCGACUCUCCUGUGCGGUGCAGUUGUGGAGGUCUGGGGUGGAUUAAGCAUUGGAAAAUCAAGCCGGAAAAUCUUGAAGUAUUUGGUGACUGUGUAAAUAUUAAGACAAGUUUGAUGACAUAUAUUAACAAAGAGGUAGCAAAAUGUCCGAACUAG